UACAUGGUCCAGUUGAGUUGACCCAUAGAGAAAGGAGGCCCAAUGGUCCAAAUGGACCCAUUCUCAGUAGUACCGACCUUCUUCUCUCUAAACUUGAACUGACUCUGUCUGUGAAAGUCUGCGACACCAUCUGAGACUGAGAUUCAGAUCAUCACCGAGAGAGACCCGAAAGAGAUGUUCCUACGAGUGAUCGGACGGCCAUUAUUGGCCAGGGUGAAGCAAACGACGGGAAUCGUCGGUUUGGAUGUGGUCCCCAAUGCUAGGCAGGUCCUCAUCGAGCUCUACAACAAAACCCUAAAAGAGGUUGAGGCCAUACCAGCGGAUGAGGGUUAUCGCAAGGCUGUGGAGCACUUCACACGACAACGUCUCAAGGUUUGUGAGGAAGAAGAAGAUUGGGAGGUCAUCGAGAAGCGACUUGCCUGUGGCCAGGUUGAGGAGCUUAUCGAGGAGGCGCGCGAUGAGCUCACCUUGAUCGGAAAGAUGAUUGAGUGGGAUCCCUGGGGUGUUCCAGAUGACUAUGAAUGCGAGGUGAUUGAGAAUGAUGCACCAGUUCCAAAACAUGUACCUCUACAUCGACCCGGUCCUCUUCCAGAAGACUUCUACAAAACACUGGAGUCCCUUCAAGAAUCUUCGACAAGGACGCCACCUCCACCUGUAUCUCCACCUGCAGCCACCUCUAGUGAGUCACUAUCAAAGGAGUAAAGUAAUAGCAGCAUGUAUGUCCAAGAAUCUUCAACAUCUUGUUUGUGUUCUCUUUUGAGUUUAAAUUGCUGGACAUAAAGCUUGAGUUUUUAAUAAUCUAUUACUUGAAAUGGCCUUGCAUCAUCUUAUUUUUCUUUCAUUGCUGAUUUCUGCCAUUGCAUUGUACCCAAAACAAGAAAUGCGAUGCAAGAUUUGCUCGCUUUUACCAUAUUUUCGUACCCUAAACAAGUAUGCGGCCAGGACAAGGAUUCUUCAUAUCUUGAAUUUAUAUUGUGGAUGUAGAGAGGGAGAGAGGAGAUGCACCUUCCAUUUUUCACUGACUGAAGCUUGGUAUUUUUAAGCUAGCUAAUUUAUCUAAAAGCCAUUCCGGUAUUUUUAUUUGCCU